UAUCAUAUAGUCUAUUCGCAAAUCGAUCGAGUAAUUAUACAACAGAUCCUGGUGGAGGAUCGGAGGGACGGAUAUAGCGAGUACCAUGGUAAUGGUGCGAGCAACAAACUCGCUGGUACGAAGCAUUCCGCGCAAUGGCAGUGAAAGGUUGCCCGACAAACGUUUCUACGUCCAUCCGUUCCCAUCUCGCGUUCUUUUCCCAGACUGCGUGUACCAAAUGUAUACACGUAUAUGCAUGUAGACAGACACACACGUGAGGUAAUGCACGUGACACGCACCGAUGCAGGUAUGUAUAUUUCAUGUCGUUGCGCUGCGAUGCCUCCCCUAUUCGCAAUGGCGCGUUAUACAAUCAUGUGGCCUAAGAGAAGAUACAACCAGGGGAAUAUAUCUUAAUAGAAAAAUAGAGUGCUCUCCCAAAUCGAAAGACAUCGAUGAAUCCACGAAAUUUCCAACUGUUAAUUCUUUGCAGUCUAUGUAGACUUUCUGGCUUCGGUACAGUUUUGUCGAGUUUCGCUCGAGAUAGGAGAUUCACUAGCAAAGGGUUAAAUUUCUGCCUGAAACGAUAGCGUGUAUGAUAGUGUUUAAUGAAUUUCCAAAAAUAAUUGAAAUACAAUCAUUUGGAUAGCAAGGUGGACACCACGUAGCUUGUGCUAAUAAUUUUGCGACUCGCUGUAGGUAAACUCGCGCGAACACCGUUAUAUCGGAGCCGCGGAUCCCGCGGAGAAGGGCAAUACGGUAUACGUUGGUCUCUCCCGAGUGCCCCCUCCUUUCCCGUUCAUUACAAUUUUUCAUUGCUACGGUACGGUUGCCCCGUCAGUUUACGAAUGUCGAGGCGUGUUCCUUUCGUUUCGUUUCGUUUCGUCGCGCUGCUGUUCACCGAGAAAACUGUGCGGUGCUUCCCUCGAUUCACCUGGCAAAUAAACCGCGGUCACGUUAACGUCAUACUUUGGGGAGACAACCUUUGAGGAAGAGAACGUUUAACAUAUUUAUGCCGUACACGAUUGUGCGGUCUGUUGAUCUUUUCUGUAAAUAAAAAGAUAGAGGGGAAAAAGGGGGACGAGUGUUCACCGGGUCGUCGACGGGGCUACCAAGGAAUUUCCAUUUGACUCGAGGCGCAGGAAAGGGAACGUUACGAUGAAGACAAGUUCUUAGUGGUCCAGAGUGAAGAAACGAUCCAGAAGGUGAUGCUGAACGCAGGCGAACGAUAAUAAAACCGUGUCGCGCGGAGCUGCUAACAUGAUAACAGUGUGGUUGUUAUCGUCGAUACUCUUGCUUUCGAGCGUCCACUCGUCGAAGCAGGCAUGGGUGCCCUGCGUGGAGUUGAGACGGAACCUGCAGGUCCCCUGCAAGUGCUCCGUUUCCACGGAAUAUGUUCGUUCGUUAGAAAUGAACUGCGACAGAGUGAUCUUCGCACGAGACACGGUGGAGAGCCUGCGCGGACAGCCUAUCGUUUCCGUUAGCCAAAGAAAUAGUGGAUACCAAACUCUUCCCGAGGACCUGCUCGACUCUGGCCUGAAUCUGAGGAAGCUUGACCUGUCAGGCAACUCGAUAUACAAACUGAUGAAUCGUCUAUUAGCAGCGCAGCCCAAACUGGAGGAACUGAAACUCGCUGACAAUCUUCUUGGCGAUAGCCUGAACCCUAUAUUCUCCAGCAAUGAGUUCCACGGUAUGAGGGAGCUGAGGCUCCUAGAUCUGAGCAGGAAUGGCUUGAGGAGCAUCGAGGAAGGUAUUUUCAAGGGCUGCGAGAGUCUCGAGCAACUGUACUUGGAUGGGAACGAUCUAACGGCUGUGCCAACAGCGUCGCUGAAGGGGCCCAAGUCCAUCAGGGUCCUCUCGCUGUCUGGAAACAAUAUUGAAUCGCUGCCACGAGCUGCCUUCUCGAUGGUUGGCGACUCGUUGCUGCGAUUGGACCUCAGCGAGAACGAACUGUCCCACAUGGAAGAUGGAGCUCUUUCUGGGCUUGAAAGGUUGCUCCUUCUGAAUCUAUCUCGCAACGAUCUUGGUCGAUUCAACAGCGAUGCUUUCAAAGGUGCUUACAACCUACUGCAGUUGGAUCUCUCUGCAAACUUUCUCCAAGAAUUUCCCAGCGACGCGCUGAGGCUCUUGACGGACCUCAAGUUCCUCAACAUGUCCAACAAUUUGAUUACGGACAUCGACCAGGCGCACCUGUCGGGGCUGAAGGAGCUACAGGUGUUGGAUCUCAGUCGCAACAACAUCGGUAGGCUCGGGGUCAACACGUUUUCUGGUUUGGCUGCACUGACUAGGCUCGAUUUGAGUUUGAACGCCUUACGUACGAUCGAAGAGUCGUCGUUCGAGGGCUUGACCAGGCUGAAAUGGCUCUCCCUGCAGGACAACAACAUCCUCCUGGUGCCGGCAACUGCUCUGACCAGACUACCAUCUCUGACCCAUCUCCACGUGGAAUUCAAUCGUAUAGCAGCGCUAUCGACUGAACUGAUAAAAGCAACUGCAUCGAGGCUGGUCACUCUAGCACUAACACGAAAUUUAGUCCGCGAGAUACCUCCUGGAUCGUUCCACGACUUUGAGAAUCUAAUCAGCAUCGAACUAUCGGGCAACAUGCUCUCAACGAUCUCCCCAACUACAUUCGCCGGACUAGAAAACACCUUAGCAAACUUGGAUGUCUCUCGCAAUAGAUUGACGUCCAUUGGGGAACUUCCGUUACGAAACUUGGUCUCUUUCGAUUUAUCGAAUAACCAGCUGACAAAAGUCCCUCCAGAGACCUUCGAGCGUCUACAACGACUGAGAUAUUUGAAUUUGAGCUCGAAUCCUCUGUACGGAGGCUUUCCACCAGUCUUUCCAUCUUCGAUUGUUAAUCUGGACGUGUCGCGUACAGAUCUGAGGAUACUACCAGCGAUUUUACUAGCCAACCUCGAGUCGUUGGAAAGGAUAUCGGUAGCUGGGAAUAAAUUGGAAAGGAUCGAUGAGGGGACGUUUCGAGGACUCACAAAUCUGACGAAGAUAGACUUGUCAGGAAAUCAGCUAGUUAGUAUCGAUAACGGAGCGUUCGCGGGUUUGAUAAGCCUCUACGAGCUGAAUCUUCGUAGUAACAAAUUGAUUUCCUUCGGUGGAGAACAUUUUGACACAGGAACUGGUUUGGAAGUCCUCGACUUGUCCAGCAAUCGAAUCGAUAGAUUGUCCCCCACUGCUUUCGCGAUACACCCAAGAUUGAGGAUCCUAGAUCUUUCGGACAACAGAUUCCAUCACUUUCCAGGCGACUACGCCAGGUCCCUGCAGUUCUUGGAGCGCUUAGAUUUGUCGCGAAACGCAUUGAAACGGGUUGGAGAGUUUGGGUUCUCGCGAAUAGCGCGACUGAGAGUUCUGAAUCUCGCUGGGAACGAGAUCGAGUCGGUGGACGAGUUGGCGUUCCACAAUUCUACACAGCUGCAGCUGCUAGAUUUGUCAGACAACGAUGUCGAAUCCCUCAGCGAAAGAACUAUGGAGGGCUUGCUGCGUCUCGAGCAUCUGAAUCUUCGCAACAACAGAUUGUCUUCCCUGCCAGAAACGAUCUUCGACACCAGCAGAGUUCGUUCAGUAGAAAGCGUGGAUCUUUCAGGAAACCGCUUCGACGAGAUACCUAUAAGAACCCUUCAAAGGCAAUCAGCCUAUCUGUCGCGUUUAAACCUAGCACGUAAUCGACUGGUCGAGGUCUUUACCCAGGACGUGGCCAACAAUGUGAAAGAUUUGGACCUCUCUGACAAUCCCCUGAGCGAGAACGCUGUGAAGGGAAUACUUGGUGAGGCAAAGAUCCUGAGAUCGUUAAACCUCGCCAAUACUGGGACGAGUACUCUCACCAGAUUGGAAACACCCUUUUUGAAGCGAUUGAAUCUCUCAGGGAACGGUAUAAGCGACGUGGAGUCCAAGGCACUCGAGCGUACGACCAUGCUGGAGAGCCUGGACGUCUCCAAGAAUCGAUUAACCGAUUUAACAAGUGUGAUCACUGCGUUGAAGGAUUUGCCAGUCCUCAGGUGGCUGGACGUGUCAGGGAACGACGCCAGCACUAUCAACGAAACCACCUUCGAGGGCCUGACUGCUCUACGCUCCCUCAAGAUGUCGGAUCUCCCUAACUGUGCUCGAAUCGAAAGGACAGCUUUCAAACCAUUGGCGAAUCUACGUUCAUUAUCCGCAUACAACUAUCCUAAGCUAGGCUACUUUGACGUCCAAGGGAUCCUCAAAGGAAUGACUCGAUUAGAGUCGUUGGACGUGGAAAUCAAAGACUCGUCUGUGAGCAACGAGCAACUGUCGAUACGCGCUCAUCCUCGUCUACGAGAAUUAAUACUGCGCGGUGAGAGAUUAAGGAACGUCCUCUCCAGCUCAUUGGUCGGUGUUCGCGGACGUAAACUGACCAUAGGUCUCAAGAACACUUCCGUAGACGCUAUACCAGCCGCCCUCUUUUUCCCAGUUCCUCGAUCCACUGAACUAGAGCUGGAUGUCUCAGGAAGCAAGUUCACAGCUCUAUCUUCCCAAUUUCUCGCCGCCCUGGACGAGCGUGGGGGCACAGUGAAGAUCAAGGGUCUCGAUAAGAACCCUAUCAACUGCAGCUGCGACGCCAGGCCCCUCUGGAAGUGGCUGAGAACCAUGAAGAACGUCGAUGAUAACAAUUCCUCGAAUCGCGUGCUCUGCGUCGCUCCUCCUCAUUUAGUAGGCUUUGUUUUGACUAACCUCGAAGAAGACAAACUAUCCUGCGAGUUCACAGCUGCUACUCCAGGUACCAGACAUAGAACUACCCUAGCUGAUACUACUGUCGCCUCGAAGAAAUCGACAGUCCCUGCUCCAGAGCCAGAGAUCAUCUGGACAGUGGCGCCUGCAGUCCAGAAUGACCAAAAACGAAACAAACAUUAUAAUAAUAACAAUAAUCAUGACCACGCAGUGGAUUCCACAGUAGGGACUGCUUCAGGAACCGACGAUACCCUAAUCAUAGGUAUAGUCGGUGGAGUGGUCGCUCUUACAGCUAUAAUAGUCAUUGUAAUCUGCAUCUGUCGACUGAGAUGGUCCAGCAGAGCAGAGGAGGCGCGAAUGACCGCUGUAGCUUCCAGCAUCCGCGAGGCGUCGAUGAUAAGACCACCCAGUGCCUACUCUGGAAAAAUCAAUCACGAUCUUUAUGUAGGAUCUUAUAAUGGAUCGACGUUGGAUCGUGGAAACGGCGCUCAGUCCAUUCCAACGCCUCCUGUUCAGAUAAUGCCCUUCGUGCAACCGAUGCAUCUGAUGCACACGCUUCUGACUCCGACGCAAAUGCAGUCCCAGGCCCAGCAGCAAUCGCAGCUGCAAUCGCAACAAUUCUACGGAUAUUGCGACGGAUCGUCGUUGCCCGUCUACGUUGCCUGCUCCACGGAUACCAAAUGCGACAGAUAAUUUGCUCAGUGUCCAUACGCACAGUGUACAUACACACACAUACCUCAUAGUUUACACGAGUACUUUUAACGUGUUCUACCACCAGCGUGGUGUAGAUACGUACUUCGGUUUAGAUGUAGGGUGUCCCAAUAGUUUCUUUCGUUUCGUUAAUAAGUGGUACAUACAAAGUGACGCUUUGAAUAGUUCACUGGACCACGUGUACGUUUUAUUGAUCGAUCGUCUGCGCAUUGUACUUAUUGUAAGUGAAAAAAAAAGAUAGAUAAAUAUUUAGAUAAGGGACUAUGGUAAUUCUAAGGAAAUCAUUGCAUCGCUAAUUACACGAUGAAGCUACCUGAAACUUCUGAAAUGUCUUCCUGUGUCGUCCAUACUUACAUUUUUCAAUAAACAAAUUCUAGAAGCUCUACACUCGAACGAUAGAACGUCCCAGGGAUAAUUAUUGUAUGCUAUUUAAGAUUUGGUGCUCAUUCACUUAAUAAUAUUAUAUUUGUAGACUUCUAUACGUGCAUAUGUAUACACCUCGUAACCUAAUCUAUAGUUUUGUAAAAAUAUACACUUUCUGUACCCAUUUCUUCAUACCUUAUAUAUAAAAAGUAGUAUUUAAAGCAGUAGUAAGGCUGCUAUUAAUUUCCCUUCAUUUCCUGGUACAUUUCCCUAUAAUUUCCCCUCGUUUCUGUGAUAGUUCCCUAUAAUUUCGCCUCAUAUCUGUGAUAUUUCCUGGUUUUUAACAAUGU